AAGAAUGGGUGAUAGCGAUGAAGAAUAUGACAGAAGGAAAGGAAGAGAUAAGUUUCGAAGAGAAAGGAAUGAUUAUGAGCGCCGUGGUGAUGAUCGACGUCGUGAACCCAGAGAGAUAUGGGAACUAGACAGAUCUGCUGGUAGAUCCAGGGAAAUGUGGAAUAGUCGUAGUGGGGGACGUGAUAGACGUGACAAUUACCGAGAAUAUGAUUCCAGGAGACGAGAGCGAGGUUAUAGUCCUAGUGGAAGAAGAGAAAUGAGUCCCCCAAAUGCGAAACGUAUGAGGCGUGAAAAUUGGUACAAGGAAGAUGGUGGCAGUGGGGGAGGAGGAGCAGGAGGAGGAUAUCCUCAGUAUGAUAUGGGAGGUGGCGGCUAUGGUGGGCGGCCGAUGCACGGAGGGGGUAUGCCUCCACAGAGCUGGGGACAUGGUCAUGAGAUGGGCAGCAAUAUGCCCCCACAGCAACAAGGAGGAGGUAGUUUUAACCAAUCCGGCCACAACAGGGACACAGAUCUACCAACACAGCCAUCAAUGAUGUCAUUCAAACAGUUCCUGUCACAACAGGAUGAUAGUAUCAGUGACCAGGAAGCUAUCAAGAAGUAUAAUGAGUAUAAAAUGGACUUCAAACGACAGCAAACACACGAGUUUUUCCUUGCACACAAGGAAGAAGAAUGGUUUAAAACUAAAUACCAUCCAGAAGAGUGUGAAAAACGCCAGGAGGAAAUAAAAAUGUCCUUGCGUCAGCGAUGUCGGGUAUUUACAGAGCUCUUACAAGCUGGGCGACUAGACGGGGUCACAUGCGACACAGACAGGUCGGAUCACAUUGUCAAACUUCUCGAUGCAGCGGUAAUAAAGAUGGAAGGUGGGACAGACUUUGAUCUAACCAUUCUGGACCAGCCUGACCAAGAAGAGGGAGGGGCACGUAGUAGAAAUAACUCCGAAUCGGUCAACACAGACCAGAGUCCAGAUGAGAAAAAAAGAAGACGUGAGAGUUCAAAAGAUAAGAAACCAGAUGAACCCCUGAAACUUCCUAUUUCUGCGGAACAGAAAGAACUAAUGAAGAAAGCACAGGAGUUUUCCAAACAGCAGCAAGCUAAAAAUGGUGACCAGGAAGAAAAAAAGCCUAAAAAGAAGAAAAACCGACACCGUGACAAAACAGAGUACAGCUAUGAGAGUGGUUCGGAGUCUGAGAGUGGAACAGGGUCAGAGUCGGAGCCCGAGCCAGCACCACCUGGUCUUGAAGAUGAAGCCCCAGCCCCGGGUCUGGAGUCAUCCACAGACUCUAUCAGCAUGCCUGGUGUUUCCUCCUCCACGGAGGAUGUUGCUGCUAAGUCAGAGGACUCAAAGAAAGAAGAUGAGGCUACGGAGAAUGAAAAAGAUGAAGAUACUGCCGCCCAGAUGGAAGACGAAGGGGAGACAACCAACUCUCCUAAACCUCGUGCUCUCCAUAAAACUUGUUCCAUAUUCCUUCGAAAUCUGGCACCAUCAAUUACCAAACAGGAAGUUGAGGCUAUGUGUAAGCGCUAUCCAGGUUUUAUAAGAGUUGCUCUUCAGGAUCCUCAACCAGAAAGGAACUUUUUCCGUCGUGGCUGGGUCACAUUUGAACGGGAUGUCAAUAUCAAAGAAAUCUGUUGGAAUCUCAACAACAUCAGACUUAGGGACUGUGAACUUGGAGCGACAUUAAAUCGUGAACUCAAACAGCGUGUACGACCCAUCAAUGGUGUGACAGCACACAGGCAGAUCGUCACGGGAGAUAUAAAGAUUGCAGCCAAAGUCAUUCACAAUCUUGACAAGAAGUGGUGCAUCUGGGAUGAUCCAGAAGGAGAGAAGGGAGAUAAAUCAAAAGAGCAAUCAUAUAGCCUGAUGUCACGGAACCCUGUCCUCAAGAACAUCACCGACUAUCUGGUGGAGGAAGGUAGCUUUGAGGAGGAGGAACUUCUAGGGCAAUCCGUAGAGGAGAGCGAGAAAGACAGUGCAUUAGAAACUGGUAUAGAGAGGGAUGAAAAUAUCAUCAAGGCUUUAGACAGAAUGAUCUUGUAUCUGCGCAUUGUCCAUUCAAUUGACUACUAUAGUGCUAAUGAGUACCCAAACGAGGAUGAGAUGCCUCACCGAUGUGGCAUCAUGCAUGCACGGGGACCACCACCUUUAAGUAAACUACCUGCUUCUGAAGCUGCAGAGUGGACCAAGAGUUUUGAGGAGAAACUUAAAGUAUUUUCAGAACCACAAGAUUUACUAGCUGAGGCAGAAGCAGCUAAACUUGGCAAGAAAGACCCUGAAGCUGAAGUGGAGAAAUUUGUGACAGCCAACACCCAGGAGCUCGCCAAAGACAAAUGGUUAUGCCCGAUGAGUGGGAAGAAAUUCAAAGGUCCUGAAUUUGUCCGCAAACAUCUCUUCAACAAGCAUGCAGAAAAGGUUGAGGAAGUUAAAAAAGAGGUAACAUUUUUCAACAACUACCUUCUGGAUCCAAAAAGACCAUCGUUACCCGAACACCCUGGCAACAAACAAGGGUCUGGACCAAGCUCAAGUAGUCAGAACCAGUUCAGCAGUCAUGGACCUGGUAACUUCCAGGGACCACCACAGCAAGGCAUCAUGGGAUAUGGCCAACCUCGUCAUCAGAUGAUGUUUGGUAAUAAUCAAGGACAGCAAUCUUAUGGUAACCAGAGUUACGGAGCUCGAGGAGGCAAUGAACCAUACCGAGGCGAUCCCUACAGGAGGUCACCAUACCCUAACUCUUUCAUUCGAUCAAGUUCAAAUAAUUGGAAGAGGAACAAUGAACACCGCAGAUCUGACCCAAGAGGAAUUAUAGAGUACCGAGACCUGGAUGCACCCGAUGAUGCUGAUAUCUUUUAAGUAUCUUGUCUGCGUUUUUCUACAGCAAGGCCUAGACUAUAGCAGUGUUAAUGCUGAAGAUUAGUAAUUCUUGGAAGAUUAACUUUGAAGUUGUAUGCGAUGGUGUUUAAUAAUUGGGAAGAUGAAGAUUCGCUCCAAAAAAUUAUGGAACUGAUAUUAUCACGUGUGUGACUAUGGUGAUGAAUUGUUUGUAUUUUGCUUAUAAUAUUUAAUGUCAGAAGAAAUUUAACGAUCAAAUCCAAUCAAACGAAAAGUUAUAAGGGAUAAAGCAGAGAAAAUGUGGUGGAAUUAUGCUGAAGGAAGCCAAUAUACUGGAGCAUUGUUGUGAAAGACUUCAAUAAUGUCACAGAUCACUGUCAUGAAAUUAUUUUAUAUUUGUCUAGUUUGCAAUUACUUGGUCAGAGCUAGUAUUGAGAUGGACACAACCCUUGUAAGUUUCAAGAAGGACAGAGUUUAUUUGUAUAAAAAUAAUUACUGUAUUACAGGAGCCAGUAUUGAAAUGGACACUGCAUUUGUAAAUGUAAGCAAUUCUUGAAGUCAAAGGAUUGAAACAUGUUUUGAAUCUUUGAAGGGUAUGAUAAUGAUAAGUGUACUGUAUGUAUACCAAUAAUCAAGUAAUGUUUUAAUAUUUCUGUCCUGGACUUCAAUCAGUUUUAUUGUCAUGUUUUCCCCAUUGAUUUUUAAAAGCACACAUUAAAAUGAACAUUUUUAAAUUUU